ACACAACACACACUUAUAAGACAAAGCAGCCGAUCCAACGUUCGGCUUCGGCCCAUUCCCAACCACCAACUCACACACUACGUACGUUCUUCUACCCUCUAUAUAAACCCGCACUCGCACAGCCUCCAAUGCCCAAAUCGUCCACACUCAGAGAGAGAUAGCAGGAAAGAAAUCUCCGAUUCGAUCUACAUCUCCGUCGAGUUCAGUUCAAAUCCCGUUCGAGAAAAACAAAGAAAAAUGGUUGCGAAUCAGCCGGAGAAGGAGCAUCCGGUGCCGGCCUUUGGUUUGGCUGCCAGAGACCCAUCUGGAGUCCUCUCCCCCUUCAACUUCUCCAGAAGAGCGACAGGGGAGAAAGAUGUCAAGUUUAAGGUCAUGUACUGCGGGAUUUGCCAUUCGGAUCUUCACAUGGUCAAGAACGAGUGGGGCACCAGCACCUACCCUCUUGUCCCUGGGCACGAGAUAGUGGGAGAAGUGACGGAGGUGGGGAGCCAGGUGGAGAAAUUCAAGGUCGGAGACAGAGUAGGCGUCGGAUGCAUGGUCGGAUCCUGCCGCUCCUGCGACAAUUGCUCCAACGGAGUGGAGAAUUACUGCCCCAAAAUGAUCCUGACCUACGCCGGGACCUACCACGACGGCACCAUCACCUACGGCGGCUACUCCAACGUCAUGGUCUGCGACGAGCACUUCGUGGUCCGAGUCCCCGACGCCCUGCCCCUCGACGCCGCCGCGCCUCUGCUCUGCGCCGGGAUCACGCUGUACAGCCCGUUGAGGUACUACGGGCUCGACAAGCCCGGGAUCCACGUCGGCGUUGUUGGGCUCGGCGGGCUGGGCCACGUCGGGGUCAAGUUCGCCAAAGCUAUGGGAGCUAAGGUCACGGUCAUCAGUACAUCCCCUGCCAAGAAGCAGGAGGCAAUUGAGCGACACGGUGCGGACUCGUUCCUGGUCAGCCGCGACCAGGAACAAAUGCAGGCUGCAAUGGGGACGUUGGAUGGGAUUAUCGACACGGUUUCAGCGGUACACCCAAUAAUGCCAUUGAUUGGGCUGUUGAAGACGCAUGGGAAGUUGGUGCUGGUCGGUGCGCCGGAGAAGCCGCUUGAGCUGCCGGUUUUCCCUCUGCUGAUGGGAAGGAAGAUAGUAGGGGGGAGCUGCAUUGGGGGAAUGAAGGAGACGCAAGAGAUGCUCGAUUUCGCGGCGAAGCACAACAUCACGGCGGAUAUCGAGGUUAUAUCGGCCGAUUACGUGAACACGGCGAUGGAGCGCCUUGAGAAGGGUGAUGUGAAGUACCGAUUUGUGAUCGAUGUGGCCAAGACUCUGCAGCAAGGUUAAGUUUUUGUGUGUGUAACAAUAGGCAGAGUGUUCAAUGGGGAUUUUGGUUGAGUACUUAGUAUAAACGACUAGGGUAGGCAAGUGGAUGGUUGGUUUUGUUUGUUUGUAAGGAUUUGAAGGAUAUAUAUAUGCCUUUGUGGUGCUAUCAUUGUUUGUGAGGAGCUGAAAUAAGGAGUGAUUUAGGUUUUGUACCUUUUUCCUUCUUGGAGCAUAUAAACUUUGAUUCCUUAUAUGUCUGAUCAGCCCCUCAAGUAUGGUUCCUUUUCAUUUCAUCACCUCAUAUUUCUGCU